AACGUUUGAACGGAAUUGCGGCGCUUUCAGGUGUAAAAUUCUUAUUUGAAACUUGUAAAAUAUUCCAAUAAGCAGAUAUUUGUGUUGAGUGCAAAAAAGUUUAUAAAUGUAGAUUUGUGCUAAAGUGAGGCAGUGCCCACAUAAACAAUUGACUAGCAAUUAUCAAAAACUUGCAAACCAUACUUGACCCAUUUAAGCCGCACUCAUGACUCGAAAGAAAUGCUGUCAAACGACACAAAUUUUAUUAAGCAGCAGUGAGGAAAGCUAAUCACAACCAACGAAGAUAGACGCUUAAAAUAUAAAAACAUUAUAAUAAAUAUAGUCUAUUUAUUAUCUGUGGCAACAAAAAAGCCUGAGCCACAAUAGAGGAGCUCUCAUAGAACUGCAGUGAAGCGUGCAUUGAAUUUGUGAAAAGAGAAAGUAGGCAAAGAUAAAUUACUUUUACGCCGAUUCAAUAAGAAAGUACACGUAAUUCAAGCUGAUUUACUUAUAACACUACACCAUGAUAAAAGAGAACGUAAAGCAGUCCCACUCCGAUAAUGUAAUAUCCAAUGGAAAACCAUUGGCCAACAGUAAACCUGCUGCUAAUGGUAAAGUUUUACAUACCGAAGCCAAUUCCCUGCCACCGCAAAAAUCUGUUAUAACUGCGUAUUUUUUAUGGUUAUUUGGUGGUAUAUUUGGACUACAUCACCUUUAUUUGCACCGCGAUCGACACGCCUUCAUUUGGUGGUGUACAUUGGGUGGUUAUUUUGGUGUCGGCUGGUUGGCCGAAAUAUUUCUGAUACCCGAAUAUGUACGGGAUGCCAAUGAAGAUCCCACCUUUAUUAAAUCAUUUAUAGCACGUUUGCAAACAAAUCGUCGGCCACCGUACUCUGCAAAGCGUUUUGUUGGCGAGGUCAUGAUCGGUUACCUCUUCGGGCAGUUGCUGCUUAUGGCAAUACCGGAAACCAUCUUUGGUGGCAUAGAUUGGAGUUUCCUCCAUUGGCUUAUACCAGUGUUUGUGUCGCUGGGCGUUUGGACUGUGGGAAAUAUUGGGCGUGAACGUGGCGUAUGGUGGCAUUGCUUAAUUGGUGCCGUUGUUAUAUAUCCUGCUCGCUAUUUCAUCUACGACGAGACGUAUUCUUUAUUACUAACUGCGCUGAUUUCUGCCUUAGUUUUUGAUACCUAUUCAAAACAAUGGUUGCGCACACCACCAAAACGUCAUGGCAUUGCAGUGCGCUCGCUAAAAUUGACUGCUGCUCUGCUGGUGUACUUCUCAUUUUGGGGUUGUUUCCUUUACUUCAACGGCACUAUUUCCGAUGACGAUGGAGGGGAAGUGCCUAUACACGAAGCUCUGCGAAAUUUCCUUACAUCCGAUUGGUGGACAGAUUUUACUAAAGCUCUUAAAGAUACUUAUCAAUAUGCGCAACAUCAUGGAUGGUAUGAAACUUGGAAAGAAAUUUUCGAAAGUAUGGAUGUGGAUGGAGAACGAAAUUCCUACAAGGUGUUGGGUGUAAGUGCGACCGCAUCGCAAGCUGAAAUUACAUCAGCAUAUAGACGACUUUCCAAAGAGUUCCAUCCGGAUAAAGUUAAAGAUGAGAAAUUCAAAGAAGCUGCAAAUCAACGGUUUAUUGAAAUUCAACAGGCCUACAAUGUGCUAAGCAAAAUUAAAUCAAGUCGCCGACGCAAAAACAAAAAAUCGAUUGAAGAGGAACCAAUCGUACUGUAGAGAAGAUGAAAAAAGUGCUGCAUUAAAUAACUUAACAAAUGUCAAUCAAGAAAAAAUUAAUUUUAUAUAUUAUUUAUAAUCAGCUUACACUUGAAUUAAGCGUCAUUAUUAUUUAUUAAUCAGCUUGCACUUGAAUUAGGCGUCAUUAUUUUUUAUUAAUUUACUUAAUUUAUAAAAGCUUAAUUCAUAAAAGAUAAAAUAGUAGUAUUUAGCUUGAUUAAAAUCCUUAGAAUAUUUUACUUUUAAAAUUGAGAGUACAUACAUAAGUAUCGAUUAUCUAUUUAUUUAUGGAGUGUCACAUAAUUCACGCAUGAUUUAAAUAGACACAGUUUUUUCACAAUUCAAUUUUUUGUUUUAUUUAAACAUAAGGCACAUAGUACAUGGUUGUGUUUGGAAUAGCACAUCGGGCAAAUGAUUGUCACGGUACAACAAGUGAAUGCGCAUGUCUCGAGUAACAUCAUCC